CUAUCGUACGUACGUAUUCCGUCUACUGAGAAAGGGACGAGCCCCUCGAACUUGCGUCGAUCCAUCAUCAUCGAUCAUCCAUCAACUCGAAGUCGAUUCAAAAUCAACAACGGCAUCAACAUUCCAACAGAAGAAAAUGCUUGUAGGACUCUUCCCAAAAGAGAAAUAUUACAGGCAAGAUACAGGAAUCUGAACACAAUACUUUGCGUUGGUAGAACAAGUCGAACUACACCAUCGAAACAGGGGAGAGUUCAAAUCACGUCACAGCCACAACCUAUCGGGACCACUAUGUUCGUCCCCUCGAUUGGUAUUGGAAGAAAAAAAUCGCAUUCAUCCUAUUGCUUUCCCCCCGCUGCCACUAGCAUCUUGGUAGCUGUCUCCCUACUUCAUCUUUUGGCCUAUUCUUCUGCGUCGGCCAUCAAUAUCGUGGAUCGCCCGAACACUUCUUUCUUCUCUCUCGCUGCAGCACUAUCUUCGGUAUCUGUGACAUCGGCAAUCCGAAGCAGCGGCAGUCUAGGCGGCAGUUCUUUAAGUGCUAGCCUUAUCAGUGUCACCACCACCCCGACUACAGGAAACGUAUUCUCGUCCACGGCAAUACUAGCAAGCCAAAAGGAAUUCGAAGGCGAAGAGAUAGACACAAGCAAGUCUCAAGUCGAAACUCUCCCAAGCGAUACUUCCACGGACAAUCGCGCUUUAUCCAUUCCGGAUACGACAUCUACUUCUAUCGACGAAGCUAGUCCACCCACUGUUUCAAAUAUUGAGGACGGUUCCAGUGAAAAUAAGAACACAAUGAAAAAACACAUUGAAUCUCUUGCUGCUUCGUCUCCUCGUGCCAGAGCUUGUAUCCUGAUGGCGAUUGCCAUGUCGCUGCAUUUCGGAGGGUACGAAUUCGCACGGUCCGCUGCUCUAGCGUUGUUUACCUCGAGCGAGACGGGAUUCACCCACCCUUCUGCAUAUCCAUUUGCGAUUGGAUUGGUGACGCCAACGACUCUAUCCCUGCUCUAUUGGUACGGGACCUUGCUCAAGGCGGACGGCCCGCGCAAGGCCCUGCGAAAGACCACGACUCUCGUAUUGGCCGUUUUGCUUUUGGGAGACGGGUUGGUAGCGAUCUUGUCCUCUCCGGCGUUUUCCGGGGCACACAAUAGCCUCACUUUGCUGACCCAGAUCGCCGUGUCUGGCCUCUUUGUCUUUCAGAAUUCCUACGCUCACUUGAUCUACACCCAGCAGUGGUCCUUUUUGGGAUCAGUCAUGACUCCGACAGAAGGAACGCGAUGGUUUACUUUCGUUGCCGGAUUUUGCUCUCUUGUGUGCACUCUGACGGCCUCGUCGGUCCAAUCCAUUGCCGAUCGAAGCUAUGGCCUGGUCACGCUGGUGUUUUUGACGUGUGCCACCCUCGGAUUGUCUAUGAUCUGCGCCGACAAAGCCUAUCAAUUGUCUUCGGAACACGGUUUUGAUCCCUCUCUCGAAUUGCAACAGAAACAAGCGAAGAAAGAUGAAGGGAAGACGACUCAGGCCACAUCAGGUGAGGGCGACAACGAAGAAGAAACCUUGUUGGCAAAGACGGGACGAAUGUUCAAGACCAGCCCAACACUGGCGGGACUGUUCGGGGAGGUCAUCGCCUUUCAAUCUCUGUCGACUGUCCUCAAUGUUUGCUUCGUGAGGCAAUUAAAAGAAUCCAUGCCCAUCGAUGGAGAACGAGCCGCUUUUACGGGACAGUUCUAUGCUGGCGUGAACGGUAUCAGUGGGCUGAUGCAGUUUUUUGUCCUACCAUUGCUGCGGAAAUACCUGGAACCCCAAUGGAUUUAUCGCCUCUUGCCCAUGGUUCUAAUGCCCUUGCUCACGUAUGCGGCGGUGGGUCCUUCUGCCAACAAUGGGCUGUGGAUUGCCGCCGUUUCCUUUUUUGCACUGAAAUCGACCGACUACAGCAUCCGGGGAGUUGCCACCGAACUGGCGUACCAGCCCCUCGAUUUCGAUGCCCGCUAUCUAGGCAAAGAAGUGAUUGGCGUGUUUGCCAAUCGCUUCGGAAAAUCCGGGACCUCUAUGAUUCUGUCAGCGCUGACCGGAAUGGGAAUCAUGGCCAAGAGCACCCGUCCGAUGUCGCAACUGGCUGUUGGAGUGGGGGCGCUGUGGUCGGCUUGCAGCUUCUACCUCAGCCAGCACGUGGCGACCAACAAGCAAGCGGAAGAGAAGGUUCAACGGCGCAGAGGAAUAGCGUCCAACCAGGCUUCAUCAAAAGGGGAAGAUCCAACGAGGGGUGGUCAAACAGAUCCUGGCGAUGACAACCGAAUAAAAGAAGACUAGCACUAAUCCUAGGGCUCCCUCAUGGAGAGACCUUUUUCACUCGAUGGUUUCAAUCGCACAUAGUUUCAAUGGUAUAAUGCGGCUCACUUCUUGCUACUUGUUGAUCAAGGCCAACAGGAGCUUAGAAUUAUGGGAUAGAAACUACUAGUAAUUCUUUAUAAUCAGGUACCACAAACUGUUAACGUCACUUCUAGUACUGGCUUAUGAAGGUGUCUCCCCAUUGACAUUAUUCUA